AUGUUGAGUAAGACGGUUCGAUAUUUGAUUGGGUAUUCAGCCAUAUCAGUCGGGCUUAUCAGUUGGUCUAUCCAUGAUUCAUUGACUCAAUCAUAUAAUUUCACCAUGUUUAUAGUUGAAAUGACAGAUGGAAUUAAAUUAGGAAUAUUACUUAAUUUUAUAAUCUUUUCAUUUAUGAUAAUCAUGAAACUAUUACAAUUGAUAAUCUUUGGAGAAUUAAGAAUCAUUGAAUUGGAACAUUUAUUCGAAACUUUACCAUUUUUCAUUAUCAAUUUAUUUCUUAAUUUAGCCACGGGUGAUAAUAAUAUCAUAUUGAAUGUAUUACUUAUGGGGUUUGCUAUUAGUUUUAAAAUAUUCCAUAUUUUGAUAUUUGAUCGAUUAGAUUUCCUUAAUUUAACAAUUGUUAAUCAUUUAAUGACUCAAGAUUUAACAUUCAUGGACGCAUUAUCAGUAUAUUUAUCCCUGAUUAGUUUUUGGUUAAAUUUAAUAUUUAUUGGGUUAGAUUUUGCUAUGGCCAAGUUCUUAAUCUAUGAUGUAUUCCAAGGGAUCAAUUCAGUAACUUGUUUACUUUUUGGAUUUCAAUUUGCAGUACAGGGGGUAGAAGCAUUAACUAAUUAUUCGAAAUUGUUAUUAGGAAUUUAUGAAACCUUGUUUUAUAGAAUAGAUAAACUGCCUAAUAUGAUGCUGGUUCGUUUCCCUAUGGAUGGCCCCAUGGAGAUUAAUGGAAUUCCCAUAGAAGGUACCUAUCCAUUUCCACAACCAACACCGAAUACAACAGAACCAGAAGAGGAUGAUGCAGAAGACAGUGAAUCUGAUCAAGCUACGCUUAAUGAGGAGGAUGAGGAGGACGAAGAUAUGCCAGAGCCCCAGGCACCAGACCCUAACUUAGAAUUCAACUUUGAAGAUGACGACGAUGAUGACGACGAUGAAGAUCAAGAAAAAAUAUGGGAAAAUAAAGCCUAUUACACCAAAGCAGUCGACAUCUGUGCAGCCAUUCUCACAUCAGUCUCAUACAUUGUAUUCAUAUAUUUAUUAACCUUCCAUUCAGGUUCCCAGCUCCCCUUAUCAAUGCUACAAGGAACUUAUUCAUCCAUACGUAAAUCAUACCUAGAAAUCAAACAAUUAUUGCUAUUUAUAGAAUCUUCAAAACGAUUAGAUGCACAACUCCCAAAUGCAACAACUGAAGAUUUAGAACAAGCAGAUAAUUUAUGUAUAAUAUGUCGUGAGACUAUGCAUACACCUUAUGAUUUUAUUCAAUUGCAUCACAGACCCCAACCACAAAGACGAUGUCCUAAAAAGCUUGGAUGUGGUCAUAUUUUACAUGUCGGGUGUUUGAAGGAAUGGUUAGAGAGAUCAGAUAGUUGUCCGUUGUGUAGACGGAAAGUAUUUCUCAGCGAGGCGGAAGCACGGGCUGCUGCCAUUGCUGCGGCCAAUCAACCACAUCCUGAACCGGCUCAGGCUCAAAAUCCUCCGGUGGAAGUACCCGAACCACCUCAAGCACAGCCUGGUAAUAUACCUGUCCCACCUCCACAAACGGCCGAUAUUCCCCAACCUACCACCGUACCAAUACAACAACAACAACCAUCUAAUAUCGAUCAUCUUAAUGAAGUCACUACUGCUCCGCCUGUAGAAGGCACCUCAACCCAACUAACAACAUCAGGAGAACCAAAUACUCAAUCAACAACAUGUCAAACUAUCUCACUUCCCCAUAAUGCCCUACUACCACCUGGUUGGAUUCUACUACCAUUAGAAAAACCGAAUCCAUCAGCUGAAGGAGAAUGCGAGGGAGAUUAUAAAGUUAGUUUAUCCAAGAUUCAUCUGGCGACAUUGAGAAUUAGGAGGAAUACUGAAUCUGGAAGAGCUAUGAUUAGAACUUAUGAGCUUCCUAGAGAGGUUAUAAAUUGA